UACCAUCUUCAAAACCAUGAAUAAAAUGUCUAAAUCUCGCUUACAUUCAAUGAUAAAGGUUUAUUCAUGCGGCUUAUCUUCUCAAUUUCACACACCCCGACGUAUCUAUACAAGGACUAUGGCAUCUGCAACUGGAGGACAAGUCACUAACAAAGAUCCUUUGAUCAAGACCUUUAAUAUUUAUCGCUGGAAUCCCGAUAAACCCGCAGAAAAACCUCAUUUACAACAAUAUCAAGUAGAUCUCAAUGCGUGCGGUCCUAUGGUACUAGAUGCUUUAAUAAAGAUCAAAACUGAACAAGAUUCCACACUGACUUUUCGUCGUUCGUGCCGUGAAGGCAUUUGUGGUUCAUGUGCAAUGAAUAUCAACGGUACAAAUACUUUAGCAUGUCUUUCUAAAAUCGACCGCAAUGCAAGUAGUACAAAAAUCUAUCCAUUGCCUCACA